GGUCUACACCAUUUCACUUUAUUAUACUCAAACCUCAAUCACAACAUUUACUUUUUCAAUCACUUCAUUAAUAAUCGUGUCAAGUCAAAUUAAGACACAGUUUUUGGGUUUCCAUCAAUAUUUUGAUAAAGCACAUCCCAAAGCAAGAUGGUUGCAAGGGUGCAACCCCAUUCAGGAGAUAUCAUUUCGGGCGAUGUAGGUGAAUCUGGGCGAGACAAAUGGCCCAUCCGGACAGGCCUACAUUCCGAACGUUAUGAUGUUUUUACUUGGACUGUAAUUUGCUGGUCUGGUCUGGUCUGGUUUGACUGGUCUAACCUGGUCAUACCUACUCUUUAUAUUUUUAUAAUUAUCCAAGUCUGGUUUGGGACAAAUUACAGUCAAAAUAAAAAGGGAAAUUCUAAAUGCACUCCGGUUUUUGCUAAGCACAGCCUUUUUUAUCGAAUUUGUUUUAAACAAAUCGACUGAGUUUACCAACUUACCCUUCCUAAGACUACUUUCUUUUCGACUGGUAAAGCAAGCCCCAAAUGUCUUCCAUGGCUGUCAUCAACUCCUUAAACGAGCCUCAAUCUCAUGGAGGAUGUGGAGGCUACGGAGUGGACGUCAGGCGGCAGCAGUGGUCACAAGGCUGGUGGCCGCAAAAGGUGGUGGGAGAGGUUAUGGCGGCGGUAACUGCCUUUGCUUUGCUAAAUUCCAUGCUCUCAAUUGCUUUCUGGAGCCAAGUGAUUGUUAGAUGUGUCGGAAAGCCUUCACACCUUCUUCGACUAUACACCCUAAGGGAAUUUCUGUUUGGUGCACAUUUCAAUUGGAUUUUAAAAUGUAACUUGGGUUUUAAGCAAAUCAAAACUAACAAUUGCUCAUCCAAUAAUUCAGACAUCUCUGGCGAAGUGGGGGAGAACAUCUCCAUCGGUUGAGAUGAUCGAGAGGGUAGUGGCAUAGCAUAGGGAUACAAAUAUACAAUAGACAUUCCGUUUAUAUUUUAAUUAAUUAAUUUUGAUCAAGGGUUGUGAAUAGCAAUUGUGUGACUGCAUUUAGGGGGUGUUUGUGAAUAUCAAUUGUGCUGUGGGAGCAGAAGCAGAAGCUAGAGUGUUUGUAUGAAAGUACAGAAGUGAUUCUGGUACUCAAAUUUACUCCUACAAUCAUUUUUUUUAGAAGUUGGAGGUGACCAGUUUCUGAAAACUGGUUCUGAUUCUGCUUCUAUUUUAAAAAAGAAGCAAAAGCAGAAUCCAUUCCAAACACCCCUUAGUAUCCUUGGUAUUUGUAUCCUUAUACUGAUUGGGCAUGUGGUGAUAUUUGGACUGAAUACCUUGUCGAGCCUAAUACCCC